CUUAUACAAGCAAAUCUAUCAAUCAUAUAAUGCAAGAUUACAUUAAAAGUCUUGCUGCCAUUUGCGCGGCUCCAUGUGGCUGGAACUCUGCAACCACUUUGCAGCCUUCAUUGCAGCCUCAUUUCCUUUCAUUUGCUGCCACUUGUGCAGCUCCAUGUGGCUGUACUUGCUGCUACUUUGCAGCCUUUCAUUUGCAUUUCAUUACAGCCUCAGUUCAUCAACAUUUGCAGCAUAGCUUGCUGCACUCUGCUGCUACCGUGCUUUGGUGCAGCCUUCCUUCUUCAUUUGCUGCCCCUUGUGCAGCUCUGUUUUCAUUUGCUGCCACUGGUGCAGCUUUCUUUCAUUUGCUGCCUCUUGUGCAGCUUUCACACCACAACUCCAACAUGGAGGCUAUAGUAAAAGGAGCAAUCAAGGGCAUAUUAAGUGGAACAGAUUCAACCAUGCCCAAGUACGAAUCAUCAUCUGAUUCAGACGAUGAACCUACCGGACUUGGAAAACAUGGGAGGCUGUUUGGGCGCCAAAGACCGAUGCAUGAUGUUCUGGGAGGGGGAAAAGUUGCGGAUGUGCUAUUAUGGAGGAACAAUAGAGUUUCAGCUGCAUUGUUGGUUGGGGUGACAAUGAUUUGGUUUCUAUUCGAGGUUGUUGAGUACAACUUCUUAACCCUCCUCUGUCACAUUUCCAUGACCACAAUGCUUGUAACCUUCAUAUGGUACAGGACAGCAGAAUAUACGAAUUGGCAUCCUCCGAACAUCCCUGAGUUGUUACUGAGACAUGAAGCUACCUUGAACGAUGUCGCUUCAACAUUCCACAGAAGAUUCAAUCAGCUCAUGUCAAAUUUCCUAUACAUCGCUCGUGAAAGCGAUGUAACAGGUUUCUUUCUGACAAUCAUUUCUCUAUACGUACUGUCCGUGAUUGGAUCCUGUUUCAGCUUUCUGAAUUUCCUUUUUAUUGGCCUCCUGUGCCUGCUAACACUACCAUAUCUGUAUGAUCAAUAUGAGAAUGAAGCUGAUGCUUUUGUUGGAAAAUUGAGCCGGCGGGCAAAGAAAUCAUACAAAAAGUUUGAUUCAAAUUUUCUUAACAAGAUACCAAGAGGGCCAGUGAAGGACAAGAAAGCCUUAUAAUAAGCUACUGCACAAGAAAAUGCAGAGUUCAUCAUAAAUUUAGAUGUUCAUUGUACAGAGUUAAUUUGUUUUUUGUGUGGAAUUGUGAAAAUGUUGUUUAAUUUGAGCUUAUUUACAUGGUUGAAAAUGAAAUAAAGUGAUAUUAGAGCUCUACAGAAUUAAAGAGUGAUUCCCCCUGAAAACAGUGAGUUUGGAUGAGGGAAUUUGAAGGGGAAAAGGAGGAGAGUGAUAGGGUGACGUCCCAUUUUCUUUAGGGA